AUGAGGUUCUUGGCGGCGCCGUGGCGGAGUGUCACUGACAAGGAGAUUAAACAAUGGCACAAGGGGUUCCUAAAAGAUUGUCCAAAUGGCCUGCUAACAGAAACGGGCUUUAUCAAGAUCUACAAACAGUUUUUCCCACAAGGUGAUCCAACCAAGUUCGCCUCCUUAGUUUUUCGGGUCUUUGAUGAGAACAACGACGGAUCGAUCGAGUUUGAGGAGUUUAUUCGCGCGCUUUCGAUCACAUCCAGAGGAAACGUGGAUGAGAAAUUACUAUGGGCGUUCAGGUUAUAUGACGUUGACAACGAUGGUUUUAUUACAAGAGAGGAGAUGUAUUCUAUAGUGGAUGCAAUAUAUCAGAUGGUGGGUCAGGCACCAGAACCAGACGAUGAGAAUGCCCCACAGAAGAGAGUUGACCAGAUUUUCUCACAAAUGGACAAGAAUCACGACGAGAAAUUAACUUUAGAAGAAUUCAAGGAAGGUUCAAAAGCUGAUCCACGUAUAGUUGAAGCCCUGUCCCUUGGUGAUAACUGAGGCCCUUGAAGCCCUGUCCCUUGAUGAUAACUGAGGCCCUUGAAGCCCUGUCCCUUGGUGAUAACUGAGGCCCUUGAAGCCCUGUCCCUUGGUGAUAACUGAGGCCCUUGAAGCCCUGUCCCUUGAUGAUAACUGAGGCCCUUAAAAUCCUGUCCCUUGGUGAUAACUGAGGCCCUUCAAAUCAUUUUAUUCUUAAGUUCUUCUCAAUGGUGUACUCGAGGGUAAAGUCUAUCUUGAAAUGUCUCCAGAAGGGGUGGUGUGUGAUUUUGUACAUGGUUUGAGUCUGAAGUCGAGUGUGAGGUUUUCUACAAGGGUUAGCUGAAGAACAAGUCAAGUAUGAGCUUUCUACAAGGGUUAGCUGAAAAACAAGUCAAGUAUGAGCUUUCUACAAGGGUUAGCUGAAGAACAAGUCAAGUAUGAGCUUUCUACAAGGGUUAGCUGAAGAACAAGUCGAGUAUGAGGUUUCUACAAGGGUUAGCUGAAGAACAAGUCAAGUAUGAGCUUUCUACAAGGGUUAGCUGAAGAACAAGUCGAGUAUGAGCUUUCUACAAGGGUUAGCUGAAGAACAAGUCGAGUAUGAGCUUUCUACAAGGGUUAGCUGAAGAACAAGUCAAGUAUAAGCUUUCUACAAGGGUUAGCUGAAGAACAAGUCGAGUAUAAGCUUUCUACAAGGGUUAGCUGAAGAACAAG